UCAAGCUGAAUCAGCUGACGAAUGGUAUCUCCCUCCUCUCCCGGAUGGAUCGUGCCGCUGAAGCCGGGCAGCCUGAGCGCUGACACAGGAGCAGGUUGCCCACCGCUCGCUCUCCUGCUGCCGGAUGUCACACCGACCGAAUCUCAAGUAAAAGAUUUCGCUACCCAAAAAAGAGGUUACUUUAUUUAAUUUUUUCACCUCGGGCAGGAAGCUACCCGCUUCCCGUCACCAUGGCUUCCAACUUCAACGACAUAGUCAAACAGGGAUACGUGAGGAUACGGAGUAAGAAACUGGGGAUCUUCCGGAGGUGUUGGCUGGUGUUCAAGAAGGCCUCCAGUAAAGGACCCAGACGGUUAGAGAAGUACCCAGAUGAGAAGGCAGCGUACUUCAGGAGCUUCCACAAGAUCACUGAGCUCCAUAACAUCAAGAACAUUACCCGGAUGCCGCGGGAGACAAAAAAGCAUGCUGUGGCGAUCAUCUUCUGUGACGACACAUCCAAGACGUUUUCCUGUGAAUCAGAGCUGGAUGCAGAGGAAUGGUGUAAGCUGCUGUGCGUGGAGUGCCUGGGCAGCCGUCUCAACGACAUCAGCCUGGGAGAGCCAGACCUGUUAGCAGCGGGGGUGCAGCGGGAGCAGAACGAACGUUUCAACGUGUACCUAAUGCCCACCCCUAACCUGGACAUCUACGGGGAGUGCACCAUGCAGAUCACCCAUGAAAACAUCUACCUGUGGGACAUUCACAACGCUCGCCUCAAGCUCGUCAUGUGGCCUCUCAGCUCCCUGCGCAGAUACGGACGAGACUCCACCUGGUUCACUUUUGAGUCCGGAAGGAUGUGUGACACAGGAGAGGGUUUGUUCACGUUCCAGACGCGGGAGGGGGAGAUGAUCUACCAGCGGGUCCACUCGGCCACGCUGGCCAUUGCCCAGCAGCAUGAAAGGAUGAUGGAGGAGAUAGAGAAGAGCUCCCAGAUCCACUCCAGAGAGAUGCUAACCAAGUCCAUCUCCCUGCCACGCAGCGCCUACUGGCAGCACAUCACGCGUCAGAACAGCGUGGGAGAUCUCUACAGUUACCAAGGCAGCGGCCUGACAAUGACUUUCAUCCCUCGAGCACAGACGUUCCCCAGCUUUCUGUCUGAUGAGCCAGAACGGGAGGAGAAUCAGCACCAGGAAGAGGCACCAUCGCCCUCUAGUGGCUGUGAAUCCAGUUGCAGCCUGAGACCCCUUCAAUGACAGAGAAUUGCUCCACCAAAACUGGACACUUUACCCGCUAAUGUAGAAAGGAUGUAGAAAUAUGUAUAGUGACAUGUGUAAUAUAUAAUUUCCUGGUGAUACUGAAACAAUAGUGUCAACUGAAGAGUGAGCAGUACAUGAAAAGGAUCCUGAAAAGGAAGAUGUACUUCUUUUGUAUGUUGUGUGACAGCAGCAGUAGCUUCAAAGAUUGCACCAAAAAUCUUGUAAGUGUAAUUUUAAAGUGUUUUAUGUUGUCAUUAUGCUGUUAAAGCCAGCACGACCCCCUUUUUAAAAUCACUGCACUACACCUUACAAGAAAUGAGAGUACUAACACACAAAGGUCCACUGUAAAACAAUGUUAAAAAAGGCUUUUGUUCGUAAAUCAGGCUUAUUCCAACAAUGCUCCACCUUGGCAACCAUUUCAAUUGAAACUCCACCAUUUUUGACACACAAUCCUCCCAUUCUUACUGUACUUCGCACCAUCUCAAGAAUGUGAAAUUGAUCAAUGCCUUACACAGAAACAGCUUGACUUUGAUGGCAGUGAUGAAUCAGCUAAAGCCCUUAAUCGGUUACAACCAGCAAAGGGAAAAAGUCAUUCAGAAAUGUGCUUCAAGGAUAUAGGAGUGGACUGUCAUGUCAGAAAUGAUAGAAUGCAACCUUCUCACAGCCUCUACUUUAAACUGCCAGCCCUACAUUACACUAGCAGAGCAAUUUGGUUUUUAAUGGCUUCCUAGCUCUUCUUCAGCCUCAUAUACGGUAUAUGAUAACUGGUUCAUUAGCUAGAGCUAGAGCGAGAGAGAGAGAGAGAGAGAGAGAGAGAGAGCGAGAGAGAGAGCGAGAGAGAGCGAGAGAGAGAGAGCGAGAGAGAGCGAGAGAGAGAGAGAGAGAGAGAGAGAGAGACGCAGGGUGUUGGUGACCUGAUGGGGCAAGUUAUGCAAGGCAUAAGUAAACUGACUCAGAUGUGAGUUGUGGCAAAAAAAACCCCAUCAUGGUCAUUUUUGCCCUGCUGGUAUAUGUCCAUACAAGAUCUGUACAAUAAAUAUGACGCUACAACCGGCAGUUAGCUUAGCUUUGCACAAAGCCUGGAAACAGGGGGAAACAGCUAGGCUGACUAUGUCCAAAGGUAACAAAAUCCAAUGCAAGCACCUGUAAAACCUGAUGUGACAUAACAUGACAUAAAACCUGUUGUUUUUACACUUGGGGUUUUGUAUGGAAUAAACAAAUGAGACAUAUUGUGUAAAUUUGUGAGCUUCAGAGUUGGUGGUAAGCCGAUUUUGUUACCUGAGCUAGCUGUUUCCCUCUUUUCCAGUCUUUGUGCUAAACUAAUUAAGCUAACCAGCUUCAUAUUUUGCAUACAGACGUUGGAGUGGCAUCAAUCUUCUCAUCUAACUCUUGUCACGAAUACAAAAAGUGUAUUUCUCAAAAUGUUGAACUAGUAAUCCUUUAAAAACUAAUAAAAUGGCUGAUCAUAAGCAUAAACAAUGUGAUUAAAAACACAAUUUCUGACCCAGUAGCCUGACAACUACCUUAUUUUUAAGAGUGGCAGAUACCUUAUACCAUCUUGUUUUCCAUCCAUUAUCAACAGUAUGAACUAGAAAGAAAUUAUAUUAGUGGUCAUUGUCAAAAUCAGCAGAAAUCCUUUCUCUAGAAUGUGAGUGAAACUUGUCACUGAGUACAUGGACGCUGUGACGACGAUGUUCUCUGCAUUGUCCUCCUCGAGUAAGAAGUGCCUUCAGACACAGACUGCAGAGUGUGAGACCUAACCAAAGCAUCGUCUCUGGGCUUUGAGUUUGCCAUUAUGGACAGAAUUUAGCUCUGUACCUUCAAAACAUUUUGAAAAGUCUUAAGUUUCUCUGAAAUAUUGUAGACCCAGCUGUGAAAUGCCAUGUCUCACCCGAAAUACUUAGCAAAACCUAACCAGAGCGCUUCUAGAAAGUUAAGAAUAACACUUCAUCUCUUUAAAAUAUCUGUGGUAAAAGUGGCCACUUUGUUACAUGUUUAUGUCAAAGAAAGGCACAAAUCCAGAAAAUUCCAGCAACAACUCUCAAAUCAAAAAGGAUUCCAAUGACAAUCAGUUUGAGGCAGCAAAGCAGUCUUUUAAUGUCAACUUAGUCACUUAUUUUAAUGUGUUUUUUGUUAAUAUUUAGAAAAUAGUAUGUAGAACUGGAGAUACAAGUACAAGGACUUAUUUUGUAUUGAAGUUAAGUUUUGCAGUAAGUCACUUUAUUUUGUAUAUUAGUAUUUAAAAGAGCUCAACCUUCAUAUUAAUUUGAGCCUCAAACAAAGUGCCGUCUACAAAUGUGUCUGCAUCACAGAGCCCGUAGUAAAAUAUGUAGAAAGAUAGCUGUUGACAUUUCUGGCCACAUUUCUGCCCUAGUUGUCUUGAGUCUUCGCUCAAGUGUGGUUAAUAAAUGUAUGUAAAAUAGUUCCACUACAUCUGGACCAUCAGAGCCGUACUAGCUGAGAAGACUGGAGAAAGUUCUAGUUGAGUGUUUUUAUCAUUUGCAAUUUUUGUUGUUUAUUGUAGGUAUGAUGUGUCAUCAUGAUUUCUGUUAUUGUUACUAAAUGAUUGUGUUUGUGUCCACCACGUUUUGUGUUCUGUUACGGUCAGAUUAUAUGUUAAUAGCACUUUGAAUACAUUAAGUGUAGGACUACAGUUUUCACUAAAUGUACAUAUGUAAUGUUUUUGAUGAUAAAAAGGUAAUAAAUUGAAUGUUCUAUCAUG